AUGUCUUCCAAAACGGGGCAACGCGAUGUCUUCCGCGGCGUCUGGGAACUGGCGCGACUGCACACUCGCGAGGCUUGGGUGUGCUGGUCGCCCGCCAUCUGGGGAGCGUGCGUGGCGGCCGGCACUCAGGACGUCUACAUGGACCUGCACAAGCUUGCCAGCGUCUUGUUCGGCAUCUGGGCCAGCAUCACAGCAACGCACUGCACCUUCUGCACUUUCAACGACAUCUGCGACCGUAACCUCGAUGCCUACGUCGACCGCUGCAAGACGCGCCCGUUACCCGCGGGGAUGCUGUCCUUGCCCGAGGCCGUCGUCGCCUUCAUCGCCUGGAUGGCUGUGGCAUAUUACAUGACGCUCUUCACGCUCGGCCAGCCGGCCGUGAUGGCCAUGGUGCCGGUCUGGGUCCUCAGCGCCGUUUACCCCUUUAUGAAGCGCGUCAUCCCGUUCCCACAGCUCGUCCUGGGCGUCGUCAUUGGCGCCGCCGUGUUCCCCGGGUGGGCCGCCAUCACGGAGACGCCGCUCGACACGUGGGGAGGCUUGGUGGCUAAGGACGCCCUGCCGCUGUUCGGCGCCGGCUUCUGCUGGGUCGUCUACUUUGACACCUUCUACGCGACACAGGACGCGCCUGACGACAAGGCCAUAGGGGUCUUGUCAAUGGCCGUGCUGUUGGGGGAGAACGUGAAGCUGUUUCUUGGCGGCUUGGGCGUCCUGCAGAUCUUGUUCUGGGCUCUCGCGGCCCAUGCGGCGCGCUUGAGCAUCUUCUUUUGGAUCGCUGGCGUGGGUGUUUGGGCCAUGAAUAUUCCGUGGCACUUGGUGAAGCUGAACCUUGCCGACCGCCACAGUGGUGGCAAGGUGUUCAAGGCGAACAUUCUGCUUGGUCUCUACAUGUCGGCCUUGACCGUCGUGGAGAUGACGCUUACACGGGUUUGA